UCCUUACAUCUCUCCGGUAUUAUUUUUAUUUUUAUUUUUUAUUUUUUACAGUUAUGCAGUCUUCCAAGAGGAGUGAGAAUGACUGGCAGGGACUUGUCAGCGAGUUUCUGGUGUGUAAACGCAAGCUGGAGAGUAAGAAAGAGGCCCUGCUUAUCUUGUCCAAAGAGCUGGAUACCUGUCAGCAGGAGAGAGACCAGUACAAGCUGAUGGCCAACCAGCUGCGAGAGCGCCACCAGGGGCUCAAAAAGAAGUACAGGGAACUCAUUGAUGGUGAUCCCUCUUUACCACCAGAAAAACGCAAUCAAGUGAACCUGGCUCAGCUGCUGAGGGACUCGAGGGAACGAGCAAAACAGCUCACUGAGGAGGUGAAAGACCUCUCACAGAGGCUUACAGAGGCUCAGGGAGAUAACAAGCUGCUCAGGAUGACCAUUACCCGACAGAGGCUGGGGGACGAAGAGGUGGGGGUGCGCCACUUUCCUGCUCAUGAGCGAGAGGAUUUGGUUUGUCAGUUGGAGAGAGCGGGUCUGCAGAUGGAAGAGAUGGAGCACACCAUCAAGGCACUGGCAGAUGAGCUGCAGGACGUGAAGGCAGAACGCAACGUGUUCUGGGAGAAGGCCGACAGACUAAACGUUGAAAUCAAUCACAUUUUAGGGAAUAAUGAGACGCGCAUCAUUGAUGUCGAUGCCCUCUGCAUGGAAAACAGGUAUUUGCAUGACCGUUACAGCCAACUGCAGGAGGAGGUGAACUUGCUGAAGUCCAACAUUAUGAAAUACAAGACAGCCCUUGAGAGGAGGAAGAACUCCAGCACAUAUGGGAAAUCAAAUAACAGUCCCCUUACUGGAGUGUUAUCAGCUAAACAAGUCCAAGAGAUGCUCCUUGAGGAGCAGGGCUGCAGCUUGCCUGCCACUCCUCAAUCCAUCUCUGACCUCAAGUCCUUGGCCACUGCCCUGCUGGAGACCAUCCAUGAGAAGAAUCUUGUCAUCCAGCACCAGAGGCACACCAACAGGAUUCUGGGAAACAGGGUUGCAGAUUUGGAAAGAAAGCUUAAGACCUUGGAAGUCUCGGGAUUAUGGAGUCUACCUGGCUUGACCUACCACGUAUCGGUGGGAAUUGGGAGAACACGAGAGAAUAUCACACUGAGCGAAGGUCUUCAGCCGGAGCUUCAGCCGGCACCGGUCACAUCUCAGCCAAACAAACAACACAGAGUGCAGCCAUCCAAAGAUGACAGAAGUUCACAUGCAUCAUCUUGGGAAUGCCACACGGCUGGCAGUGACCUUGGAACAGAUGGUGUCAGCAGGGAGGACACACCUGCACUGCUCAGCAGCCUGGAUCCUCCAGAGGGGGUGGAGAUGAAUGGGAUUGACAGGAGAGAAAUCGUGGCCCUGGAAGACGACCCUGAGCUGGAGGAUGGGAAUAGUCCGGUGGAGGAAGCAGGGCAUGAGGUCGAGGGAGUUGAGGAUGAAGAAAUAGGUUCCACAAUUGAAGAAGGUGAAGAAGCGGCUCUGGCGCUGGAUGUCCCGCUCACUCAGUCAGAGCUUCAAUGGCUUUCACUAGAAAAAGCAUCUGCCAGUCUUCCAGAGGUAGGUCAUAUAGCCUGCCAGGACAAUGGCUCAAAUGGUGAACAGACACACCAAGAAGCCUCAAAAUCUCUUUCAAAGAACAAAGAAGCAGAUGGGUCAAGUUCAACUGAGUGGGACAUCCACUGUCCAUCUGCACGGAGUGACACUUGUCAAAAUGACAAUUUGGCAUGAUCUGACAUCAUGGAAAGGUUCAAAGGCUUCCUUAAAUCUGUCUUUGCUGUUAUUGAUGAUUGCAUUAAUCAUUCUUCGUUGCAUUCCCGUGGUGUAGCCUCUGCUCAUUAGCUCCCUGCUUCACUGAGCCGCUCUCUCUUAGUCAACAGAGGAGAGAAAACUCUCUCCAGCCUCUGCUAAACAACGUCAAAUGUACAUCACCUUGACAGGUUUGUUGCACGGGAGAAGAAAUCAUCAAAUCAAUGUAGAUUCACACUGCAUGCCCUGCAGCAAGAAUACAAACAUGUCAUCAUCAACUCCUGUGCACCAUAUUCCCUUCUGGCUUUCGCCUGUGAAAAGAUAAUCCCAGUUGUUUGCUCUUUUCUUCAUACCAAGGUGUGCCACUAAACUGCAUUUUGUUGACACUACUUUGUGAUUCCAAGUUGCUGUAACAAGAAUUUAAUGAAUGUGUUGGAUUUAUUGGUCAAUUCAUACUCUUACUUGUAUUUUCUGUAAUUGAAAGGGAGUAUAUCUUACAAAUCAUUCCAAAUGUAUUUAUACAAUUGAUACUUUGUAUCUGGCUGCAACUACGUGUGCCUUAUAUGUCGGAAUACUUAUUCAAAAAUAUAGCUGCAUAAAUCUGCAGAAUUCUUGGUUUUUAUUUUUUCCAUAGUAAUUCUAUUGGCACACACACAUUAGGUCGGUUUGAUUGUCGAUUUUCUGCAUUGGAAAAUCUGUUUUGUUCCAUGUUCUCAGUCUUGGCUUCAUGUUGAUGCAUCUUGGCAAAAUGGGAGCUGAGGCAAAGGCACACUGCUUGCCUGGAUGACAGUUUACAUAAAAAAGUAAGAAAAAGAAGGUUAAUUUUAUAGAAAUCCGGGGCAUCCAA